AGGUCAGCAGCAUCUACUGUUCGCAAGCCCGUCAUCACUCAUCAGCAACCACGCCAUCGUCCUUGCCUGUUCCUUCUAUCCAUCCGUCCCGUUCUCCCUUCUCCAUCCCAUGUAACAAAAUCAGCUCAGCUCAGCGACAACAGCGGCGGAUGAUGAGAGCUCCUCCUCGGCUACUGUCGCCUCCUCCCUCCGCCACGGCUCCUCACCUCCUCCUCUACGCCUCCUCCGCGGUCUGCCGCCUCCCUCCCUCCGCGGCCGCCGUCGCCCGCUCCGUCUCCGUCUCCACCACCGUCGUCGACGCCCCGGCCGCCGCCGCCGAGCCGGGCUCCUCCGCCACGCCGCGACGCCGCCUCAUCCUCCUCCGCCACGGGGACAGCGCGGUUGGGGAGCGCUUCACCAGAGAUCAUGACAGGCCACUGAGCAAAGCUGGAAGAGCUGAUGCAAUAAGCGUUUCUGAUAAAUUCCAUCAGAUGGGAUGGAUACCUGAGCUUAUCCUAUGCAGUGAUGCAACUCGUACAAAGGAAACUCUUCAGAUCAUGCAAGAGCAUGUUCAAGGAUUGUCUCAAGCACUUGUGCAUUUCAUCCCAAGUUUCUACUCGAUUGCUGCAAUGGAUGGUCAAACUGCCGAGCACUUGCAAAAGGCAAUUUGUGAAUAUUCAACUGAUGAGAUACUAACGGUGAUGUGCAUGGGACAUAAUAAAGGAUGGGAAGAAGCAGCCUCUAUGUUUUCUGGUGAUUCAGUGGUGCUCAAGACGUGUAAUGCUGCAUUGCUAGAAGCUGCUGGGAAAUCAUGGGUUGAGGCUUUUUCGCAGGCUGGCCUUGGGGGGUGGAAGCUUCAUGGCAUUGUAAAGCCAUAAAGUGAUAAAACAUUGUAGCUAAAGCUAGAUGCAAUUUUCGUAGCAUUUUUGUUCUCAUUUUGUCUCGUGCAGCUAUGAUUGAAUGUUGUUGAAGUUAUUGAUGCGCAUAGAUAGAUGAGAUCAAUGCACUUCACCAAACGUGACAAGACUUACAAAAGAACCACAUCGCUCUUGGCCAGGGUGGUUCUUUUUUUUUUGGGAGGAAACUUCUGAUCUAUC